AUGACUGCGUCCGGAUUUUUUAGGUUAUUUGUGAUUCCCCGUCUCCCGGAUAAAGGUGCAUUACCACGAAGAUGCACUGCCCCGGGUAUAAAGAAGUACUACCCGGAAGUCUUAAAAGCGAGAAAAGUUAAAGGAAAGAAUGAAGAGACAAAAUCAGCAGCAAAACAACCACUACAGUUUUACUUUAAAAAAGAAGUUUAA